AUGGCUACUACGGCUCCGAACACACUGCUCGGCCUCGCAUCUGAACUUCGUCUUGCCAUCUUCGAACAAGUAUUCCGCUCCAUCACCAUCGACAUCGAGCGUGGAGAGCAACGGGUCGAGCGCACCGUCACAACACUGGACCGUGAAGACGACGAAGACGGGCCACAAAUCUCCAUAGCAGAGAGCGCAAAGCGAGGCCUGUCACCUUUGCCAUCCACGCCACACUCAGUGAUCAAUCUCAAGCUCGUCAACCGGACCUUUGCGAAAGAGAUUGGCGAUAAGUGGCACCAGCAAGUGACAUACCACUUCCCCUCCACGGUAGCCUUUAUCGAUGUGCUCAGCCAAUGGCCCAAGGAGAAAAUCUCAUCCUUGAGACACGUCCAUGUCUGCGACACCCCAUUACCUUUAUACCCCAUCGACCAGCCAGGCUGCUACCACACCCACGACUUCAGCGCUGCGCCUCCGCUUUUUCCCGGCCUGGCACUUGACACACUGACAGUUGAGAACAUCUGGCUUGAACCGAAUGGCAAACCAUUAGAUGGGUGGUGUCUUAGUGCCACGUAUCAUGCACUUAUGGAUCUCGUGGACACGAGCGGGUGGAGACACUUUCACUACCAGUCAGGCAUUUUGGGGCUGAAGCCCAAUCAGUUGCGGGAUAUCGAGAACAAGAUUGCAGAGCUGAAGGCGGAGAGGGGUGAGGAUGACUUUACAUACAGCUUUCGUCCCCUUCGACCACAGCUGGAAGGCUUGGACACACUUUCAGUCGAUGGUACGAUUACGAGUAGCGACACAGAAGAAGAACGUGCUCAGAUCUCGGAGUGGUAUGCAGAGCAUCCGGAGGUGGAACCACAAGGUGCUUUCCCGAGCGAUGUGGUUGAGAAAGGUAUUGCGUUCCGAGCCAGUCGAGGGAGCAGAGCCAAGUAUAUCGAGACUGGUGAGCGUCUUGGGCCGGUCUUGAAAGGACUUAUGGAAGUCAUGACGUGGAGUCAAUCGAGGGCGACCGACGAGUAUCUUGUUGACGAUGGUCUAGACAAUGCGACGGGGCAUCUAUGA